GGAUGGACACAUAGGAUAACAUGCCGGGGAUGGACACAUAGGAUAACAUGCUGGGGAUGGACACAUAGGAUAACAUGCUGGGGAUGGGACACAUAGGAGAACAUGCCGGGGAGGACACAUAGGAUAACAUGCCGGGGAUGGACACAUAGGAUAACAUGCCGGGGAUGGACACAUAGGAUAACAUGCCGGGGAUGGACACAUAGGAUAACAUGCUGGGGAUGGACACAUAGGAUAACAUGCUGGGGAUGGACACAUAGGAUAACAUGCUGGGGAUGGACACAUAGGAUAACAUGCCGGGGAUGGACACAUAGGAUAACAUGCCGGGGA